CCCCCUGCUCCCUCCUCCACUUCGUCCGUCAACACAUGGACCCCUGCUCCCAGCAGCAGCUCUAGCUCUGCUGCUCCCGCUCCCACUUCUGGUAGUGGCAGUGGUAAAUGGGGUCUUGGCUGGCCCAACGGCGACUCUACCUACUUGUCCAACUUCUUGCUUCCCGACGUCAAGUACCUCUACACUUGGGGUCCUCAGUUGCCUACAGGUCUUAACCAGCUCGGUAUCACUGGUGUUGCUAUGCUCUGGGGUUACGAUCAAAUCACUCAGUUCCAGCAGACCGUCGUUGCAGGUUAUGCCAACUACGUUCUUGGUAUGAAUGAGCCUAACGAGCCUAGCCAGUCCAACAUGAGUGCUCAGGAUGGUGCCAGCCUCUGGCAGCAGUACAUCAACCCUCUUAAGGACCAGGGCUACUACUUGGUCUCGCCCGCUUGCACCAACGACCAGGCUGGUAUGCAGUGGAUGACGGAUUUCUUUGCUGCCUGCACUGGUUGCCACGUUGACGCGGUUGCAUUCCACUACUACUCUACCAGCGAAAGUGAUUUUGCUACCUACGCCACUCAACUCCACAAUCAAUUCAAUCUGCCCAUCUGGGUCACUGAAUUCGCUGACCAGGACUUCAGUGGAGGUGCGCAGGCAGACCAGAGUGCCGUUUGGAACUUCGCAGGAACCAUCAAGCAAUUUGUUGACGAGACUGACUGGAUGGAAGCUGCAUUCCCCUUCGGUGUCAUGGGAGACAUGCAAGGUGUCAACACUCUCAACCAGCUGCUUUCUGGCAGCAACGAGCCCACUUCUCUCGCCAGCUUCUACUUCGGCGCUUAAACGUUCUUGGAUCUUUUGCAUUAUUUCAUAUUUUUUGGUCUUUAUUUCUUCACUAGAUACCCAUUCAUUUGCAUCGCUCUCAGUUGGUGCCGUUUGGAAGAAUGUUCUUGGCGUCUUAAACUUUUAUAUUCGUACCAUGCUUGGAUGUAAUGUCCCGGCGCAUCCUAGUCGUCUUGUUGAACAAGGUCACUUUUCUGCGUCUGAUGUCUAGAAUACGAAAAAUCUGCAUAUGGCUUGGCGGAAUGCCGUCUAGUAUAUUUUCUGGUCAGCAGGUCUGCGGGAGAGGACGUUAUUGAAGUCAUGUUCCCA